AACUGGUGCCUGUGGAUGUUCAUGUAGGGGACCUCGCCCUUAAGAAUGCACUCAUAUCCGGCCGAGAUCCCGGCCCUGGCUGCCUUGGUUCUUCGCUCCCCAAAUCCUUCCCAUACCGAUCUGCGACAUUUUCCAUAAUUUCUGCUUGAAGUAAAAGCCACGAUUUAGGUUUCCACCAGUUGGUUGUCCAUUUCGCCAUGGGUUCCAACUACUUGGAGGAGAUGGACCGCUGGGUUCCAGGGGAGGAUGCCUCGGGCUCUAAAAACCUGACCUGGGAUCAGCUUGACUUCAACCGGAACUGCUCUCACUGGGGGCACUGGCUGUCAUCCAUGCUUCAAGCAGAUUCCUGGAACCCCAAGGAAACCAUCGGUAUGAGCCUUCCAUCAGCAAUGUUAUACUAUGCGGGCGCCAUGCCUGAUGGCUAUCACACAACGUAUGAUGAGGUUGCCAAGUGGUUCGCCUACAACAUGUAUCAUACUCCUUUUCCUGAAAACUCCACCGAUCCCGAAUACUAUUUCUUCAGCGAACGGUUCAACAACACUGUCUUGUUCGGCCCAAAGCCACACUGCCCGGCAGAGUACUGCAAGGCUGUUGGGUACACCGGAAACCAGGACCUAUGUGGUAUUGGAGUGGUCGUCUCAUACUACCUGGAAGGUGUCUUGGCGACAAUGUAUCUCCUGGCCUUCACUGUCCACCAAAUGCGACAACAUAUACAUAGUCAUGUCUACAAGAAACCCCGGCCAGUACACAAACAAGGAUUUAGAACCAGAAUAUUCGAUGCGUUCCGCGGAUCCUUGGAUAUAUUUCUGGGCGGCGCCAUGCUGAUCUCGGUGGCCAUGCUGGGUGCGUCUGUCUACGCCGGAGCAACCAAUGUCAAAGAGAGAACGGGAGCGAACCCUGACCUCCCAUCGCCGGACUCCAUCUACGAAACAGCCCUAUCCCUGAUCGCUUCAAAUUAUUCCGUCUUUCCGGUCAUGCUGCUAUAUGCGCUGGCCAAGCACGAUGGCCAUCGGAAGUGGCUGCACCGGUCGGUCCUCUUUCUUCUCUGGGGGCUCAGCGUCACCGUCGUCUACCUUGCCCCGAGAGGCGAGCUCGAUUACGACCUACGGAAAAGCGGCCAGAGGAAUUUCGAUUGCGACCAGCGCGGCUCGCACUAUUGGCCAGUUGUGAAGGCUACGCAGUUCCUGGUUAUCGCCCUGCCACUUCUGUGGCUUAUCAUCACGAUCUUCCUCACUACUGGUUUCAAAAUUCCGGGCAUGGUCGACAAGCCGUGGGUUAGAAGAUGGAGAUCCAUGUGGCGCCUGAUGGUUGCGUGGAUCAACAUGCUUAUCAUGUGGGGGAUCCUGGCCUACUUCACGUUCUUCCGGCAGAAAAUCAUCGAUGCAGCCGAUGGUCUUGACAAGAACGACAAGUGGACCUUUGGCCAGGUCAUUGCCUUGGCGGCGUGGGCACCGAUUCUCGCCGAGAUUUUCUACAUCCUGAUUUUUGGCUUGGAGGACGGCUUGACGGGCCAUAUGCCUGCCGGCUAUCACGCUACGCACGUCGCCCAGUCAGACCCUAAUAUUGGGGUUCCUCUCCUCGAUCAAGGUUUCGAUACGAAGCAUGCUUCGACGAUUUCAUCAGUCACAACAUUGGCCUCUCCAGUAACCCCGAUGCAAGCCCAGCCGACGAUGUGGCAGCAGGGCCCUGGAUAUCAGCCAAUUCACAUGCAGCACCAGCAGCACCACCACCACCAACAUGUACAACAUCACCAAACCUGGGAUGGAUACUAUCACACCGGGUGGUAGGUGAAGAGAUGAGAACAUGACGAUAUACAAAUUGUGUCAUCCUAUUCUGAUGACUGUGGUAACGUGUGUACUAAUACGAAGUUGCAAGCCUGCCCGUUAGUAAUUGUAGACAGCUAACUCAUCUGUUAUUGGACGGUGAAUUAUGGAGUGGUCUGGAUUUCAUAAUAACAUAAUAUUAGACUGAAGAAACUAUGGAAAUUUGUCAGUCAGUACCAUAGCCAAUGAUAUAAGACAA